GAAUAUGUAAUCAGUUUCAGAAAACGAUAAAAGACAGGAACUGGUCAAGUUACGGAACUACCCAAGAGGUAACCUGAAUAUUAUAGAUCAAAUAUCAAAAAAUUACAUCGUUUAGAGUUCGUAAGUGAAAGAGAUGAUAUCGACAGCACAAUUGAUGAUAUACGUAUUCAUUUUGGCAUUUGUUCACAUAAGAGCAGAAAGAAUCCUGACUGACCCAUUACAAUGGAAAGAUGGAACAUCUACCACGCUUCAUCCAAAUUUUACAACGACUAAUUGGACCCGCAUAACUACAAAUGGUGAUAGAAAUACUCACCUAUAUGCAACAACACCACAAUGGAAUUGGAAAAUACCUGCAAUGAAUGAAUUCUCUCCAAUUGAGGAGAGCAGUACUCCAGAAACAACUUCGUACUCUACUAUACCUUUUUUGUAUCGAACUACACCUAGAUGGACUAACCCAUCUCCAAAGAGUAGAACUACCCAGUGGUAUUCAACUACACCCCCUUGGAAUUGGGAAGGACAAAGUAGUAAUGAAGUAACUACAAGUGAAGAGAAUAGUACUGAUGAAACAAGUGAGGAGGGUAAUGAACCUGUAACCACUCCAUACCCAACCAAACCUCAUUGGUAUCGGACUACACCUAUAUGGACUAAGCCAUCUCUAAAAAGAAGAACUACCCAGUGGUACCCAACUACACCACCUUGGAAUUGGAGAAGACCCAACGGGAAUGAAAUAACUACGAAUGGAGAAAAUAAGAUUACUGAAACAAAUGAAGAGAGUAAUGAACCUAAAACAACUCUAUACUCAACCAAACCUCAUUGGUAUCGAACUACACCUAUAUGGACGAACCCACCUCUAAUAAGUGAGGCAACUACUCGUUGGUAUCCAACUACGCCUUUUCGGAGUUGGAGGAGACCUAUCUGGUAUCGAACAACACCCAGAUGGUCGAACUCAUUUCAGACAACUGUCAGGACUACUCCUUGGUACCCGCCAACACCUUCGAUGAUUUGGAAGAAACAUACAUGGGAUACGAAAACUUCAAAUGAAGAGACUACUACCACCUCUGGGUACCAAACUACAUCUCAUUUAUAUAGGACAACUUCCGGCAUUGUCGUCCCUCCCGCUGUUCCUGUGGGGGUUGAUAGUUGGAUUACUUUCAGUAAUGAUAGGAGUACUACGUGGUUCCCAUAUGCACCGAUUCGGCAUCCAACUACACCCAGGUGGACUAACACAUUUCCACAAAGGGGUACAACUAAUCGUUGGUAUCGUCCUGGAUCUUAUUGGCACUGGAGGAGAUUAAACAAAAAUUGGAAAACUUUGACGACUACCAUAGUUCCACCUCAUUCUUUCUGGAGUACAGGAAUUUUGGAUAACACAAAUCCUGAUUCUGCUAGAACUACCCGUAGGGAUAGAACAACACCUCGUUCGUUCUGGGAAAGGCCCAGCCAGAAUGAUGAAUUUUCAAAUAACUAUAGUACCAGUCCUUGGAAUCAAAGAUUGUAUGAUUCAAAUUGGACCUUACCUAGCUGGAAUCAAACUUCUCUGAAUGCUAACAGAAGUAUAUUCUGGUCUCAUUCAAAUUGGACAAAGUCUGAUUGGGAUGGGACGAUUCCUCAUAACUGGUAUGCAACAACACCCUAUUCGUUUUGGAAAACAUCAAAGAGUGUCAAUAGAAUAGCUGAACGAUUUCGGACUCUCCCGAAUUCAACAUAUCGCUGGAAUAUUACUUACGCACCCAAAGUUGACGAUAUCACCAAACAACCAAAUGAUAAAACUACAAAACAUCAUGAAGUAAAUAUCGAUUUAGAUGUUGAUGUAAUAAUAAUUCAAAACAACAGUAAUUUCACUGUGAAUAUCAACUGAAUGGUACUCGUUUCACCACGAAUAUCCGCUUUAACUCGCGCUCAGAAAAGUGUGAAGAAAAAUUUUUAUCUGUCUGAAUGAUGGAACAAUCUUGAAAAAACAACUUGAAGAGUAGUAGAAAGUAGUAAAAUAAUGUUAA